UACAGUGGGUGUGGGUGUUUGUCUCCCAGUAUCCGCUUUCUCUCCUGUCCUGGACUUUCAGCCUUCCUGGGUUCGCCUUCCUCCUGUCCUGCCCCCUCCCUCUCAGGCCUCAAAUUGGGUGCCCUGGUGGAGGAGGGGGCACACUCCAGGACCCAGUCCAACCCCAGACACCCGCCUGAGGCUUCCCCCCUGCUCCCCCGCCCUUCCUCUCCUGCCUUUUCUCCCUCCCUCUCCUUCCCUUCCUCCCUCCCCCCCCCACCAGGCUGGCGUGCCAGGGGGUGGGACAUGCCAAUCACUGGCUGUGCCUCUCCUGCUGCCAGCACAGGGCACAGCUCCCCCCGGGAGCCAGGUGUUUGGGUCCCUGGAGACGCAGCCGGCCCCCAGGGAGGCAGUGGAGCUGAGGACCCCAACAGACCCUCUCCAGGCCCAUGGCACGCUGAAUCCCACCACCCCCAGCGACCUCCGGUACCCCCAGGAUGGACUGAACCAGGCUGCUGGCCAGACGGACGCGCCGGAUGCCAAGGUGAUGCCCUCCCGCUGAGGAAGCCCUGCAGGCACCUCGAGGAAGGGACCCCACCCCUGCCCACUCAACCACCAUGAAUACCUCCGUCCCGCCCGCCGUCAGCCCCAACAUCACCAUCCUGGCCCCGGGAAAGGGUCCCUGGCAAAUGGCCUUCCUUGGCAUCACCACGGGCCUCUUGUCCCUGGCCACGGUGACGGGCAACCUGUUGGUGCUCAUCUCCUUCAAGGUCAACACGGAGCUCAAGACGGUCAACAACUACUUCCUGCUGAGCCUGGCCUGCGCUGACCUCAUCAUCGGCACCUUCUCUAUGAACCUGUACACCACCUACCUGCUCAUGGGCCACUGGGCGCUGGGCACGCUGGCCUGCGACCUCUGGCUGGCCCUGGACUACGUGGCCAGCAAUGCCUCGGUCAUGAACCUGCUGCUCAUCAGCUUCGACCGCUACUUCUCCGUGACCCGGCCGCUGAGCUACCGAGCCAAGCGCACGCCCCGCAGGGCGGCCCUCAUGAUCGGCCUGGCCUGGCUGGUCUCCUUCGUCCUCUGGGCCCCCGCCAUCCUCUUCUGGCAGUACCUGGUCGGGGAGCGGACGGUGAAGGCCGGGCAGUGCUACAUCCAGUUCCUCUCCCAGCCCAUCAUUACCUUUGGCACGGCCAUGGCCGCCUUCUACCUCCCAGUCACGGUCAUGUGCACGCUCUACUGGCGCAUCUACCGCGAGACGGAGAACCGGGCUCGGGAGCUGGCCGCCCUGCAGGGCUCCGAGACGCCGGGCAAGGGGGGCGGCAGCAGCAGCACAUCCCGACCACUGCCCCCGGAUCAUCCCUGUGUGCGCCACCCCAAAGGCAAUAUGUCCACGCAUCCGCAGGACAGUGACGCCAGGGGGACCAGGCAUCCUGACCCCUCCACCGAGUCCUUUCCCCGGCAGCAGUGA